AUGGGACCGUGCAGCCAGAGCCUGAAGAUGUCCGGGGGCUUCCUCUGCUGGAUGUCAGCACUGCUUUCCCUCCUGGAGCCCAGUUUUCAUUAUCCGUGUCACGGACCCUGCCUCUGCCAGGAGAGGUCCCGGUCAGUGAACUGCUCUGGGGUGAACUUGACCGGCCCGCUCUCCUUUCCCCCAGAAACAGAGCACCUGGACCUGUCUGGGGGUCGCCUGCUCGAAGUUCCAGGCCCCUCCCUAAGGUUCCUGUGGAAAUUGCAGGUGUUGCUCCUGGGAGGCAACCACAUCAGCUUGGUUGGCGAGGGGGCCUUCGGCGCACUGGAGAGCCUUCGGAACCUGGAGCUGCAGCACAACCAGAUCUCUGCGCUUGGGAGUGGCUUCUCCACCGGCCUCGGCGAGCUGCGGGAGCUCAGCCUGGCCUACAACCGGCUGCGGGAGCUCAAGGCCCACAGCUUCCGGCACUUCGAGGAGCUGCAGGAGCUGAGCCUCCAGAACAACGCCAUCGCCUCCGUCCAGCCGGGCACGUUCCGGAGCCUGACGCGCUUGAGACGGCUCUACCUCCAGAGCAACCGGCUCCAGCAUCUCCAGAAUGGCAUCUUCUCCAUGCUCCAGCACCUGGAGGUCCUGGACCUCGAGGGCAACCAGAUUGAGAGCAUCGCCCCGGGGGUCUUCACGGCCCUGAAGAGCCUGGCGGUCCUCAACCUGGCCCACAAUGCCCUGGGGCACAUUCGCUUCAGAACCUUGCUCUCCAUCCAGACCCCAAGCACCUACAUCACGCUAGCCCACAACCCCUGGGUGUGUGACUGCGACCUGCAGAGGGUCUUUGGCAAGCUGCACAGGGUGCCCUGGCUGAUUCUGGAUGCCUACAGCAACGUGACCUGCCUGGAGCCCCCUGUCCUGCAGAACCUGCCCCUGGCUCUGGUGGACACUCAGCUAUGCACGGCCGAGACGGUCACCGUGCUGGUCAUUACCUUCACCGUCUGCAUCACCGUGGUUGCUGCCGUCGUCAUGGCCGAGAGGAACCGGAAGAAGAGGACAGGCAAACACUGGAGCGAGGACAGCGAGAUGGCCUACGAGGCCCCGGAGUGA